UCUUCUCUUCUCUUCUCUUCCUCCAUCUCCAUUUUCUUUUUUCUUUCAAGCUUUCCACCUAAAGAAAAGCACCGAGAAAGAAAGAGAUUGAGGCUAAGCAACCUCUUAUAGAGCUGUUUUCCCUUCGAAAGACAAUCCACAUUUGUGACAGAAGAACCGUUCGCGAAUAUCUUAAUAGAAAGUGUGCAGGGGACUAUUGCUUUCCAAUUGGCUGUUUUUGCAAGAAAAAGUAUCUCUUGCUUUUCAUUCCCAUUCCCAUAAGAAUGAAUACUAUGAUUCGCAUUUAGUCACCAAAAGCUAGCUACACAGCCCUUCUCUCUCUCCUUUCUCUCUGUCUCUCCUUCCCGCCCAAACCUAAAACCCUCAUUUGCAUCUCCGACUUAUAUUGUGGCUAUGGCUUCGUCUGAAUUGGGAACUGACGAAGAAAACAGUAGUAGUAUCAUCCAAUUGGACGAGGAAGUCGAAGGAGACCGCCAUGGCUCUGAUGACGUUCUCUUCAUCAAGAUUGGCGAGUCAGUCCCCAUCAAAACCAGUGACGCUUGCGAAUUCAACAUGGAAACCCUUCCCUCUCAGCCCUUGGCGGUCUCUGAACGCUUUGGCCUCCUAUUCGUUGCCCAUUCCACUGGGUUUUGUGUUGCGAGGACCAAGGACGUUUUGGGAUCGGCCAGAGAGAUUGAGGACAAAAAGAGUGGUUCGUCUGUACAGGAGUUGAGUGUUGUGGAUGUUCCGAUUGGGAAGGUUCACAUAUUGGCAUUGUCUGCGGACACUUCCACGCUUGCUGUUUGUAUUGGCGGUGAUAUUCAUUUCUUCUCUGUUAGUUCACUGCUCAACAAGGAACAUAAACCAUCUUUCUCUUGUUCACUCAAUGAUUCAAGUUGCGUUAAGGACAUGCGAUGGACAACAAAAUCACAAAAUCACUAUGCUGUUCUUUCAAGUCAUGGGAAGCUAUACUAUGGAUCUGGUGAAGGCCCUCUUAAAGAUGUGAUGGACGAUGUUGAUGCUAUUGAUUGGAGUGUAAAAGGCAACUUUAUUGCUGUGGCAAGAAAGAAUAUUCUUAGCAUUCUGUCUUCAAAAUUCAAGCAAAGGUUGAGCAUGUCACUAUCGUUCAAAUCAUGGAUUGGUGACUCUGAUUCGAACUGCAUCAUAAAAGUGGAUUCUAUCAGGUGGAUUCGUUCAGAUUGUGUCAUUCUAGGAUGCUUUCAACUUACAAGUGAUGGCGAGGAGGAAAAUUACCUGGUCCAAGUCAUCACAUGCAAAGAUGGCAAACUUACUGAUGCAUCUUCCAGGCCAGUCGUGCUAUACUUUGAUGAUGUCUUUGAAGGUUUAAUUGAUGAUAUUGUGCCCUUCAGAAGUGGACCGUACAUGUUCUUGAGCUAUUUAAAUCAAUGUGAGCUUGCAGUUGCUGCCAACAGGAAGAAUACUGGUCAGCAACUUUCAUUAUUUGGUUGGUCAACUGAUGACAAGAAGAAUGAAGCUGUAGCUAUUGAUCUUACAAGGGAUUCCUGGCUUCCAAGGAUUGAACUUCAAGAAAAUGGCGAUGACAAUUUGAUCUUGGGGCUCUGUGCUGACAAGGUUUCCAGCAAUGAGAAAUUUAAACUCAAGCUUGGAGAAGAAGAGAAAGUACUCUCACCAUAUUGCGUUCUUCUGUGUCUUACUCUCGAGGGAAAACUUGUCCUUUUCCACGUUACCAGUGUCUCGGGUAUUCCAUCUCCAGCUGAGGUUCUGUCCACACUUUCCGAUGAGGAAGAUGAGGAAGAGGAUACUCCUGCAGUGGUACCUUCCGAACAUGGUCUUUCCAAAAUUUCUUUUGGAUCAGCAGAACAAAGCAUAGAACGGAAAGUUAUGGGUUUUCAUUCCCAGAAAAUAAACAAGGAGGAGCUUAUUACCAAAAAAGAUGAUGAAAUUUAUAUAAAAAAUGACCUAAAGCUUCCUGAAGGGAACAAAUCUUCAACGAGGAUUACUGAUCAAAUAUCUCCCGCGGAAACUAUUACCAGAAACCAGGAAGUGAGAACUGGUGUAAAUUUGCGGUCAUUUGAAACUGAUGGGCAGCCAAAAGUUCCUGUCAUAAAGCUGAACCAAGAUAAAGAUGGUCAAGAAUUGAUUCUUACUGGUCAGCAAGGCACAAUGCUAGGACAGACAACUUUGAGGACAUCUGAUGGAGAGGGUCCUAGACUUGUGACUAAAGAUUUCAGCAAGACAGAAACUCCAAAACUUUCUGGCGUGGUAUCAAAGACUGAUUCAUUUUUAGGAGGAUUUUCAACUGUUAAAUCAAGCCAACCUAUUCCUGUAGAUUCAAAGAAUAGUAUUGAGGCUGGUAAAGAAUUACCAGGAAAUGUUGGAACUACUAGCGUGCAGAGCGCUUUAUCUCAAUCCUGGUCAGGAGGACAACCGAAUUUUUCAAAGAAUUCUGAUGGAGGAUUUUCCUUUUUACCUUCCACCGUCGUGCAGAGCAACCAAACUGAUAAUUCUGGCACAAGACUAAGUACUGCAUCUUUUUCUGGAGUUUCAAAAGACAAUGCUCGCCAAUCAACUUCAGCAAUUUUUUCUGGCACCCAUAGUGUACAAAAGGCUUCAACAGGGGUAGGGAAUAUCGAACCAUUGCCUGCCACUCGCAUCUCUCAGUUGUCAUCUCAAGAAAAUUCUGCAUUGGGGAAAGCAUCCGGCUAUAAAUUUCGUCCCAACAAGGAAAACUACAGAAUCUCCUCCCCAACAGAAAUACUGAAUUCUGAGCCACACCUAUCUAAACAAUCUGGCAAUGUUGAAGAGAUGGCCAAAGAACUGGAAACCCUAUUAAGAUGUAUAGAAGAACCAGGUGGUUUCAAGGACGCCUGCACUGUUUUGCAAGAAAGCUCAGUUGUAGCAUUAGAGGAAGGCAUACGGGCUGCUUCUGAUAGAUGCAUGAUAUGGAGGAGCAUAAUGGGUAAGCAGCUUGAGGAGAUCCAACAACUUCUAGAUAAAACUGUGCAAGUUUUGGCAAGGAAAAUUUAUAUGGAAAGCAUUGUUAAACAAGCUACUGAUAGCCAAUAUUGGGAUCUUUGGAACCGCCAGAAGUUGAGUUCUGAACUGGAGCUGAAGCGGCGACAUAUAUUGAAAGUAAAUCAGGAUUUGACCAAUCAACUGAUUGAAUUGGAAAGGCAUUUCAAUACGCUUGAGCUCAAUAAGUUUGGUGAAAAUGUUGGAGCUCGGAUCGGUCAAAGAACUUUGCCAAGUAAAUAUGGGCCUUCAAGACAUGUCCAGUCCUUGCAUAGUUUACAUAAUACAAUGAGUUCGCAAUUAGCAGCUGCAGAGCAACUUUCUGAAUGUCUCUCGAGACAAAUGACUGCUCUGAGUAUCGAGACGCCUUCUAUGACAAAACAGAACUUCAAAAGAGAGUUGUUUGAGACAAUUGGGAUUCUUUGUGAUGGUGCCUCUUUCAGCUCUCCAGAUGAAAAAAAUGCUCAUGAUACCCCAUCAAACAAGAAAUUCUUAACUACUUCAUGUUCUGCUGCUGUUAAGGAUCAGUACAGGAGAAACCAAUCAAGUGCCAUGAAGAGUUCUGAAUUAGAAAGUGCGAGGAGGCGCAGAGACUCGCUCGAUCAGAGUUGGGCUAGUUAUGAGCCUCCAAAAACUACAGUAAAAAGGAUGCAUAUGCAGGAAGAACACCGGAAGGUUAGUCCGAGUAGAUCAUCCUUCUUGGCGGAUAGGCAACAUCUUAAACCUCCCAUGGAACCAUCAGUUGUUCACCAAAAGCAUUUUACCGCCUCUUCAACCUCCUUGCGUACAUCUGAAAACAAAGGCAUUCAAGAUUCAACCGCAAGACAGCCCUUUGACAGCCAAUCAGCUUUGUCCAGAUGGGCUGAUGACCAUGCUGUAUCAUCACCUUCUAUAGAAUUGAAAUCUCCAGCAAUUCACGUACUUCCAAGUAGUAGUUUUUCCACAUUCUCAUCACAGUCCACAUCUCAGCCAUUGCCAAAUAAUGCAAGGGGAAGUAGCAAUCUGCGUGCUGAAAGAUUUUCUCUUUCAUUCAAUGAGACUAAGUCUGUUCAGCAGUUCGAAAUCCAAGCACAUCAAACUUCAGUCCCCGUCAGUUUACCAAUGCAGACAGAGUCAUUGCCAAAGAAAUCCAGUGAAAUGUCAAAUUUAAAUGAUAAAGAAACUGCACUUUCAAAAUCUACAAUUGCAAGUGUGAAACAUAGGUUUAUAACUACUGAAAGCCCAUUCAUUGAAUCUGGGAGAAAUCGUGAAUCUAUUUUAUCUCCUGUGUCUGCUGUUGAUCCGAGCCCAAGUGAAAAAGUUUUCCAGUCUGGUCCUGCAACAAACAAAAGCCAGCCUGGUGAAAUAACAUCACCUUCUUCUGCAUCCUCACUAUCAUUUUUGAAUCCAUCAUCAUCUCCAAUGAUAAAUUCAUCACCAUCUCCCCCAUCUUUGUUACCCACUCCAUCAAAUGCACCAACCUCGUCAUCUGCAAUGUCAUUAGGCAGUUUAUCAACCAGUUCUAAGGGCAUGAUGGAAGCUAAUCAGACAGUCUCUCUCCCCAAGUCAUCAGUUUCCACUCCAAAAUUUUCUUUUAGCUCCAGUUUUCAGGUUCCUGAGAAAUUGGUUCCCUCGUCUAAUCCCCCUACUUUCUUGAACUUACCAGAUGAGUCCUCCAAAACAGCGUCUCAGCCUUUUAUGAACAAGCUUAACUCAGAAGCAGAUAACAAUUCUACUAAGCAAACUUCACCUACACUGCCUAAGCCUCACACUGGUACAUUUAGUUUAAAUCUUGAAACAUCUGUACCAUCCACACCUACAAGUGAACCUAUGGUCAAUUUGCAAUCUGCAAGUCAGUUCAGUUUCAGUGGCAUGACUAAUGCUGCAUCACGUGAGGCAUCGAAUUCUGAAGCAGUGCAGCCACUCGCUAUUUCUUCAGCUGCUCUCUCUACUUCCAUGAGUGCUGCUCGUGAAAAGGUUGGAAGUUCAAAUGUUGCAGUUGCCCAGGAGGACGAGAUGGACGAGGAAGCUCCUGAAACAAGUCAUACAACUGAACUUACUCUCGGAGGUCUUGGUGGUUUCGGAAUUGGAUCAGCCACUAAUCCAACUGCUUCCAAACCAAGUCCAUUCGCUGUGGCAUUUCCUAAUGCAGCGACGACUCCAAUGAGCUCUCCAUUUACAAUGACAGUUCCUACUGGAGAGCUGUUCCGACCUGCAUCUUUUAACUUCCAAUCUCCACAGCCAUCCCAACCAUCUCAACUAGCAAGUUUCAGUGCAUUCUCUGGCACCGGAACUACUGCUCAAAAUCCCACCCCUAGCGGGUUUGGGCAGCCAUCACAGAUUGGAUCAGGACAGCAGGCUCUAGGUUCAGUUCUUGGUGCUUUUGGUCAGUCUAGACAACUUGGUCCUGGUUUACCAGGAAGCAGUCCUCCAUCUGCUGGUGGUUUUGGAGUUAAUUCCGCUGGUGGUUUUCUAAAUGCUCCUAGUGGAGGUGGAUUUGCUGGCAUUGGUUCACAAAGUGGUGGGUUUGCUAGUCUGGCUACAGCUGGUGGUGGGUUUUCUAGUCUGGCUCCUGCUGGUGGAGGGUUUGCUGCUGCCGCUGCCUCAAACAUUGGUGCUUUUGCUGGAGCUGCUUCUGGCCCUGGAUUCGCAGGGGGUGGAUUUGGAGCUUUCAGCAACCAACAAGGAAGUGGUAGUUUCACUGCAUUUGGUAGUGGUGCGGGAGGAACUGCAAGACCCCCAUCUGAGCUUUUCACACAGAUGAGAAAAUAAGUGUAGCGGAACUGAGGAAAAGCUUAGACACAUGAUGUUGCCAUUUGAAGGUAAUUAACGGAAGUGGUUAAUAGCCGACGAGAGUUAUCACAUGAUACAUGGCGACGUGUUCUGUAAAAGAGAGCCAGCUAUUCCUUUUCUUACUUCGUAUGUAAGGCUAUGUAAAUGUGUGUCAAUGUCAUGUUAAGUAAUGUGUGUUAGGUUCGAAUUUCAAGCUGUUGGCAUUGAUGCUUUGGGAUGAGGAAGCCUCAUCGUGUAACAAAUUAAAUUUUUAGCUUUAUUGGAAUUUUUAGCCAAGAAAUUGGGAUGGAUUCCACCUUGUAAGCUAGUUUGUGUGUGUGUGUGUGUGUGUGUGUGUGUGUGUGUUUUAAUUCGAGUAAGGCUGGUCUGGAAGUUUACCAAGAAGGUUUGUGCUGAUAAUUCUGUCUUGGCACAUGGAAAGCCAAAUCUAGCAGAUUUAUCUCAUGAUUUGAAUUAUGAUACGAGACUA